GCUUGUGGGUUACAGCUUUCCCGCCGACGGUUGGCCACGUCACGUGACAUGGGUUGGAAGAUGGCGUCUCCCACAGAGGGGACAGAUCUGGAAGCAUCUUUGUUAAGUUUUGAAAAACUGGACCGUGCCUCACCAGACCUUUGGCCAGAACAAUUACCAGGUGUUGCUGAAUUUGCAGCCUCUUUCAAAAGUCCUAUUACUAGUUCACCACCCAAAUGGAUGGCUGAAAUAGAACGUGAUGACAUCGACAUGUUGAAAGAACUGGGGAGCCUCACGACAGCUAAUUUGAUGGAGAAGGUACGAGGCCUACAGAACCUGGCCUAUCAGCUGGGGCUGGAUGAGUCCAGAGAGAUGACACGGGGGAAAUUCCUCAACAUUCUAGAGAAACCCAAGAAGUAGCAGCAGUUUGUGGACACGUCCUCCUGGGGGCUGGAACCACGCUCCCCUCCCAGCGCAGCUCUGGCGAUGCCCACCUCACCGCUUCCCGGGAGAGGCUGGAGGGCGUGCCUCCAGGACUGACCCUCUCUCCUGCUCCUGGUACUCCGCGCCGCUGAGGAUGCUCGGCAGCUGGAGAAGAAUCUCUUCUGCCCAGGGAUCCGUGCAGUUACUCGGUCAGCUUCCAGACCUCGACCACCUGCUCCUCAGAUGCUGGUGAUGCUGGUGACAGCAGAGGGCAUGCCGUUCUUAAGGGUCAAAGUCCUGCUGCCUCGUGUCCGGAGGUGAUCAGGAGCCCUGGGACCCUACAGUUGAUUCGGUUCUGUGAUGGCAGAGUCCAUGGUGGCAGUGAUUGGAUGGGUUUUUGUGAGUUGUUCUUAAUCUCUAAGAAGUAUUUAUGAUGCGAGGAGCCCGGAGACCCAUGAGAUUCUGGACCAGACCAUGUAGCUUGACCUGGGAACUCUCCAGUGUAUGCUAGAUUCCAGGAAUCCCCUGCUGGAGAAACCAGAAUCUCCUCAACAUGUAUGCCUGCUUUUAAAAUUCCACACCUCUCAUGACAGUCCCAUACCCCGAUGCCUUCCACGCCCCGCUCCAAGCCCCCACCAUCCAUUCUGACUCCCGGGAAGGGGAUCCCUGUGCAGCAAGUCCCUCUUGGGAUUAGCUCAUACAGUGAAAGGCCCAUGCAAGGUUGCAUCGACUCCUAGACCUCAAGACUAAUUUAAAGGUGACAGAAAGGACUUUUGAGUUCUGGUGAACGUGUCACAGAUUCAGGUGAGACAGUGUGGCCUGAAGACAGGAAGGGGAUUGGUUGCAGGAGUUUCAUUUGAUGAGAAACUGGAAGCUCUGAUUGACCCUAAGGGAACGUGUGUGCUGCGGAACGGCAGUGAUGGUUUUGCCCCCUUGUCCCCUUUCUCUCUCAGCGCAUAUCAGAUGUUUCCCCCAUAGGACAGAAACACACACAUGAAAGAAAAAGAAUUUCCUGACCUCAAUAUGUAAUCCUCACGGAACCCUUCGCCAGUUACCUCUCUGUGUUAAAACCCAAAAAUCCAGCCUGUGGGUAACGCUGAUGACACACCUUCUCCUCAUUUCAUCUCACAAGGUGGCCCCAGCCUCCGAUGUGUUGAGAAAUACCCGGGGUUUCCCAGACUGUGAAAAGAGCGUCUGUGUGGCAGCAGUUGGGCAGCGCUUGGAGGCGAGGAGAAUUGUGGUCAGGGGUUCGGCCCCGGGCGUCUGUGGGAGGGCACAGCACUAUUCAGUUUAAUAGCUGGCCCAUUGACCGUUCUCUGGCGUGUGCUGGAAUUCGCAUUGGAUUUUUCUCUUUUUUGUGCCAUUUGACCAUCCAUGCGAUUUUACUUACGGACAAGAAGGAGAAAAUUGAGCACAAGACACAGAGGAUGAGUAUGAGAGGAAACACAUUCUGCUUGGGUGCGGUGUACAACAGAGUGGCGGGCCGUAGGGGCUUUGAUUUUAAGUUAAGCUUAUAUUGACAUUCCUGUAUCUUAAACAUGGUUGGAGAGAGUGUGUGUGCACAAAAAAUAGUGCCCGAAUGUGACAUUCUUCCUUUGCUCUAAGAGUCGAUGACAUCAAAAGGGGAAUUGAGAAAACCAUGGAGUGUAUUGGGAUGUCUCCCCGAAACCAACUCAUCUGUAACCCGAAGCUCCGCAGUUGGUUUUUGGUCCGCUGUGGCCUCUUUCUUUGACUGUCAUCUUACUCACCAGCACUUAAUGUAAGUAGAUGUUUUAGCAUUGCGGUAUUUAUUGGUUUUAUAUUUGUUGUCCUCCGAAAGGCUAAUAAUGUGUUUUUAUAUUGAUAAUAUAAAUUUAUGUACAGUGUGCGCAUGUGUGUAUUUCAGGGUGUUAGGAGAUUGUACGUGGUAUAUGAUGGUUUUUUUGUCGUCAUAAUAAAUAUGUCGCUUUUA